ACAUGAAAACCGCACGUGUGUAAUGACUUCGGAAGAACGAUUGGAAAUGUCUUCAUGGGUUUGCUGUCCAAUGUUAAAUAUCAAAAAAACACAGACAAAGCAUCGAUCGAACGAAUUGGGGCAACGAUUACACUGAAAUUCUCCUCGAAUCAGAUGAAAACUGUGUUUGGCAAUUAGGGUUUCCAACUACGGAUUGAAAUUUGUGUUUUUUCCUGGAAUGUUGAUGUGGGUUUGAUAUUGGUAGGUGUGUUAGUUGGAAGUAAAAUGGUUGCCAAUCAGCAUUAUUCUCGAAUCGACACUUUAGAGCUCAAAGCUCUUGUUUAUCAGAAGAUUGGACAUCAAAGAGCAGACAAAUACUUUGAUCAGCUCAAACAGUUAUUUACUUCCAAGAUUAGCAAGAAUGAGUUUGAUAAGUUCUGCAUUCAAACAAUUGGGAGGGAGCAUAUAUCUCUUCACAAUCGGCUUAUUCGUUCCAUUGUCAAGAAUGCUUGCCUUGCUAAAGUUCCACCAUUGAAAGUUAGAAGGGUAGAAGAGUCCCUAAAUGUUAAAGUUGCAAAUGUUUCUCAAAGAAAUUGUCUUCAAUCUCUUUAUGGUGAAUCGUUUCCUCCGUCCCCUCGGAAGGGUAGGUCUCAUGUUAAUAGGGAUCGCAAGUUUCGGGAUCGUCCAAGUCCUCUUGGACCGAAUGGGAAGACCCAAAGUGCCACGUGUGAGGAACCAGUUCCGAGAGUACAAGAGCAGCAAAGCGCAACGGAGUUGCUUUCUCAUGGUAGCCGACCUCCUGUUGAAGUUACAUCUGUGGAAGAUGGGGAAGAGGUUGAACAGAUGGCUGGAAGCCCUGGUGUCCAAAGCAGGAGCCCUGUUACAGCUCCUUUUGGUAUUUCCAUGAAUGUUGGCUGUGCUCGUAAAACUAUUUUUAAUGGAUCUGUGUAUAAUUUUCAUCCCCAGACCUGCCAAAACAGUGGUGAGCUACCUGAUGCUAAAACUCUAAGGAGCCGUUUACAGCAAAAGUUGGAGAUAGAGGGCCUUAGCAUGUCAGUGGACUGUGUAAACCUGUUAAAUAAUGGUUUGGAUGUGUUUCUGAAGAGGUUGAUUGAACCUUGUAUGGGACUAGCUGGGUCAAGGUGUGAAAAAGAGCACCUUAGGCAACUAAAUGGUCAGAUUAUUAAUGGUUUGAAUGGGGUUUUACCUGGAGGAUACAUGCAAAGACCAGCCCAAUCUGUUUAUGCAUCUAUGUUGGAUUUUCGUGUCUCAAUGGAGUCAAGUCCUUGUAUACUUGGAGAAGAUUGGGCAAUACAACUUGAGAAGAUCUGCUCACGUGCAUCCGAGGAAUGAACAGAGGCUAACUAGAAAACCUACUCAACAGUUUGACAUAAGGUUGGACCCUGGGGCAUGAGUUCAAGAUUCCCCAUGAAGGGAUGAUACGACUCUUUUUCCAUUGAAGAUUUGCUCUUAGAUGAAUCUUGAGCUCCAGUGUUAAUGUGGUAUUCACAACCACUGCCAAAGGGAAUAAGCUGUGAUUUGGGAAGUUUCAGAUUAAGUAGUUAGGUUACAUUUAGAUUAGCAAUAUAGUUGUUGGGGAUGGAAACAUGUUUAUACGGUCAUUUUACACAUUUUGAUACUAUGGGAAACCUUGCUUGUCUCAAGAGAUCCAACAUCAUUCUUCAAUUGAUACCUGUUGUAGUGUUGUGCCUUGUGUAUUGAGUUUUCCAUGGAAUAAAGCAUUAUUUAAUUCCAAAAUUGUUAAGUUACUAGGUUUGUCAACUAAGAUCUUAAUUGAACGUGAUGUGGAAGUAUCUACUUUUUUGUUGUUUUA